AUGGCUGAUAAAAAGGGCAAACCCGGGGAGCCGGCAGCAGCCCCGGCACCUGGAGCGCCACCGCCUGGGCCGGACGCCGCGAAAAAGCCAGACGAGCCCAAGAAAAAGUCAGAGCAGCCCAAAGAUGAAGUGGGAACGAGGAAGGGGUGUCGCCGUUACAAGUGGGAAUUCAAGGACAGCAAUAGAGAGUUCUGGAGUCUGGGGCACGCUGAGGUCAAGCUCAUUAGCUUGGCCUGCCUAAUAGGUUCGCUGAUAAUGUUCACGGGGACCACUGUGCACCCCAUCCUGACACUCAUCAUCACCAUGGAGAUGUCCAUCUUCAUCUUCUUCAUCAUUGUCUACACCUUCGCCAUCCAGAGAUACUUGCCCUUCAUCCUAUGGCCUAUUUCUGAUCUUCUCAACGACCUGUUUGCCUGUGGUUUCCUCGUGGGGGCCGCGAUCUUUGCUAUCAGAAGUCGGCAAACAGUGCCACUGAACUACGUUGCCGCUGUGGUCUUUAUAUGUGUGGCCGCCCUUUUUGCUUUAGUCGACGUUUGUCUUCAAAGGAAACACUUCAAAGGCAAGAAGAUCAAAAGGAAUGUGCUGGUUCCUCCACCAAAGGAGGCUGAAAAGCCAAAGGCUCCAGAAAAAACAGGGGAAGGAGGAAAACCGGAAGGAAAAAAACCAAAAGAACCCAAGGCAAAGGCAGAUGCCAAGGGGAAGCCGGACGCAGGCAAGGGCAAGGCGAAGGGAGGCAAGAAGUGA